AAUUUGCGCAAACCGCGGGAAUCGAAGUGGAAAAUGGCGUCGAACCUCAGCAAAGUUGCUGGAAUGGGUUCGUGUAUUAACGGUCACGUUGUUCAAAACGAUAGCGCGAUGUCGGAAGCACAAAUGGGACAAGAGAGAGUAGCCAUUCUAGAUGCUGGGGCGCAAUAUGGAAAGAUCAUAGAUCGCAGGGUCCGUGAACUAUGCGUGGAGUCAGAGAUGCUCCCCUUGGACACAUCUAUAUACACUAUAAGAGAAAAAGGUUUUAGGGCUAUUAUCAUCUCUGGAGGUCCAAAUAGUGUUUAUGCUGAGGAUGCUCCUAAAUACGAUCCAGCUAUAUUUACCAUUGGAAUUCCUGUCUUAGGGAUUUGUUACGGAAUGCAGAUGUUGAACAAAGAGUUUGGUGGGACUGUGAUGAAGAAAGAUAUCAGGGAAGACGGACAAUUUAACAUCAAUGUAGAAACAUCCUCAGCACUUUUCAGAGGACUACAGUCAGAGCAAGAAGUUCUGUUGACGCAUGGAGAUUCAAUCGACCGUGUUGCAAGUAGCUUGAAAGUAAUUGCUAAGUCUGGUGACAUUGUUGCAGGUGUCGAGGAUGAGUCACGAAAGUUGUAUGGGGUCCAGUUUCAUCCAGAAGUUGAUCUCACAGAAAAUGGUGUUGUCAUGUUAAGAAAUUUCCUUUACGGGGUUGCGGGAUGUUGUGGAACAUACACUGUGAUAAGUCGAGUAGACACCUGUAUUCAGCAAAUCAAGAAGAGUGUUGGUAACAUGAAUGUUUUGGCAUUGGUGAGUGGAGGGGUAGAUUCAACAGUCUGUGCAGCUCUGCUUCACAAGGCCCUUCGCCCUGAGCAAGUUGUGGCAGUACAUAUUGACAAUGGAUUUAUGAGGAAGAAUGAGAGUCAGGAAGUAGAGGAAUCUCUUAAACGAUUAGGGCUUAGAUUGAAAGUUGUAAAUGCUGCAUUACGGUUUUAUAACAGCACAACUGUAAUAUCUGGUAAAAAAGACCAAUCGCCUGUUAAAAAACAGGUAACAAAAACCUUGAAUGUGACAACUGACCCCGAGGAAAAGAGGAGAAUCAUAGGAGACACAUUCAUCAAGGUUGCCAAUGAAGUAUGCAAGGAGUUAAACCUUGAUGAGACCAAUACGUACUUAGCACAAGGUACUCUUCGACCUGACCUUAUUGAAAGUGCUUCAUCACUGGCCAGUAACAAGGCAGAUGCCAUCAAAACUCACCAUAAUGAUACAGACUUUGUUAGAAGUUUGCGCGCACAGGGAAGAGUCAUUGAGCCCCUGGUAGAUUUUCACAAAGAUGAAGUCAGAGCACUUGGAAGGGAGUUGGGUUUACCAGCAGACAUUGUUCAAAGACAUCCUUUCCCUGGCCCUGGUCUGGCUAUUCGUAUCAUAUGCGGUGAUGAACCUUAUCAGGGGAGCGACUUUGCGGAAACAAAUAUCAUCCUGGGACAGAUUGUAGACUUUGUUACUGCUAUUAAGAAGCCCCAUUCGCUCUUCAGUCGGGUGAAACUGAGUACAUCAGAAGACGACAGAGAGACCCUUUUGCAGAUAACAUCAAAAUACAAAAUUGGUGCCACCCUGCUGCCAAUAAAAUCGGUUGGUGUCCAGGGAGACGGGCGGACCUACAGCUAUGUGGUGGCGUUAUCGAGCAACGACUCACCCGACUGGAAAUCACUGAUGUUCCUCGCUAAACUAAUCCCCAAAGUUUGUCAUAAUAUCAACAGAGUUUGUUACACGUUCGGCAAGAGAAUCAAGUUCCAGAUUCAAGACAUCACCCCCACAUUCUUGUCACCAGGUGUAAUAAGCACUUUAAAACAAGCAGACCACGUGGCAUAUUCUGUCAUUCAAAAACAUGGUAUUGCAGACAAAAUAAGCCAAAUGCCGAUUGUUUUGAUACCAGUCCACUUCGACCGCGAUCCUAUCGACCACAUUCCAUCUUGUCAGCGGUCUGUUGUGAUCAGAACGUUUAUCACAAGUGACUUUAUGACAGGAGUGCCCGCUACACCUGGGAAGCAAAUUCCUAUCGAGGUUUUGAAUGAAAUGGUGGCAUCUUUGAAAGAAGUACAAGGAAUUUCACGAGUUCUCUAUGAUUUGACUUCCAAGCCUCCAGGAACGACAGAGUGGGAAUAGAAUAGAGGUUUAUUCUUUGCUCAGGAUAGUGAGAUUUUAAUUCUCUUUAUUUAAUAUCGAGAUUAAAACCCUUAACAUUCAAAGAAGUGUCGCUAGAGUGUAAUUGGCCAGACGACAGGUACAGUCAAAAUUGUUCUUUUUUCUUAAAAAAAUGAUUUCGAAUUGUUAAAUGUUAACUUAUUUCCAAAAUUUUCUUUCAUUCAUUUAUUUCUAAAAAUGGAAAAUUCUAUUAUUUUCAAUAACUCUUUUUUCUUUUUUACAAAUCUAAAACGAUUGUCGUAGGUAUCAAAAUUGACUUCAGAAGGUAACUUCCGCCUAAUAUAUAUGAGGGACCUUAAGCAGUCAGGACGGCAACGCCAAGGAAGAUUUCGAUUAAAAAA